CGAGGCUGUCCUGACGCGCUUGCCUGCUCUCUCGCGAAACGAAUUUCUCACGCGAUCAGGGUACAACGUAUCAUGCAUACUCGUAGUCUCUUGGUCUCACCCCGCACUCGUCGUCGCUCGGACCCUCUGUCUCUUCAGAGCCAGAGCCAUCAGAUCAGUGCCAGUACGCCUUUCUGAGAUAUACGAUGGCUCGGUCUUGGUAGCCUAUGAACCCGAUGACAGUACAUCUGCGGCGCACGUCCUUGCCAUUACGAAUGUAGAUCAUUUUGCAGCGUCCCCGUAUCGCGACAAAGGCAACAGGCGAACUACUUGAUAAUGUAGACAUAUCCUGAGUCAGCCUCGCCGAUAUGCGUGACAUUCCUGUCAUAAACUAGUAUGCUGUAUGCAGCGCUAGGCAUCGUGAUGCUGUUACUGUGAUGUGUAGGCUCCGAGACAGUCGGUCGCCCGAGGCCAAGAGAAUGUCGGCAGGCAGACUGCAAGCUGCCAGACGCGAUGGAAUGCAUCGCUUGCUCGGCUGCGCUGCUCGAAUGGUGUCCAAGUAUGCCAGUACACCGGACGGACGAUACUUUGUAGACCACACGGGUCGACUGUGGCGCUGCACGAAUCCUUCUCUCGACGAGACAGAGCGACAGAGAUGGGUCAAGAAACUCAUGGACGCCCGCCGAGAAGUGCGUACGACCAAGGGCACGUCGGGAGAGAGGAGCACUCGUGCAAAAGUGCAAGAAGCCAAAGAGGCUCUGGGAGAACGAGGGGCGGUCUGGUGGAGGCAAGAGAGUGAAGAUGAUAGAGAUUGGAAUCGGUUCAUGGUCAAGAACACGCCUUAUGCUGCCUGGCAUACGGGUCUGACAAACGACGAGUCUGGCAGCACGCCAAGCAGUAGCAAAAGUAGAUCGGAGCAGACAGAGCGAGGCAAACGCGAUCGACCCCAUGAAGGCCCCCAGGAUGACGACGAUGAGGAUGUCGAGGACGGCCAUGAGCAGCCGAGACGAUCCGCUCGCUUGUCCAAGCAGCAGUCAUGAUCACAUGCAUCACACCAAGCGUCAUCUGAGCCCG